CGCUGGAUACUCGACGACGUUUUUUAUUUACGAAAAAUUGGCAUAGUGUACCAUCGGCUUAACUAUCAUCAGGGAUCACAAUGAACACUCUCGCUGAAAUUAUUCUACAUAUUGAGUAAUGUUUUACCGAUUUCUGUUCACGUUUCAACGAAAUAAAGUGUUUACUGUUUAUUACGAAUCGUAUCGAUCUCGCGGUCGGAUCUUGCUUCCUAUCUUUGUAUAUAUCAUACUACAAUAGCUAAUUCAAUUACAUCAAUGUCCAACGACGAAGAAAAGAUAUCUCCCUCCGGAAACGGUGCUGCAGUUCCAGCUGAAACCUGUUCCAAGCUGAAAGUUCUCGCCUUGCACGGGUACCGGCAGAAUGGGGAUGCUCUGAAAUCCAAACUAGGCUCGUUCCGGAAAUUUAUCAACAAAUACGCCGAGUUGGUAUUCGUGACAGCGCCACAUGUUGCACCCCCGCUGGCCGAUUGCAAACCCGAAACGGAACCAGAUCCGACACAGCGCAGUUGGUGGUUCAACAAGGAUGACGGUACGUUCAAGGGCACCAACAGAAGUGGACCGGCGAUCGGAUUCGAAGAAAGUCUCAAGCUAGUAGAAAAAACAUGGAAGGAGGAACAGUGCAAUGGCCUGCUGGGAUUUUCGCAGGGUGCCUGUUUUGCGGGGCUGUUGUGCGAUUUAAGCGCACGAGGGAUGACUUCGAUCAAACCUGAAUUCGCGAUACUCUCUUCAGGGUUUCGCUCCGGCAGUUUGGUUCAUUUGAACUUCUACGAAAAUAAGGUCCAAAUCCCGUCCUUGCAUAUAUUUGGGGAAACUGAUGAGAUUAUACCUAGAGGAAUGAGUAUAGCUUUGGCGGAAACGUUCGUAGAUCCGCAAAUGCUUGUACACCCGGGUGGACACUUUUUCCCAGCUCAAGCAUCCCAAAAGCAAAUCUACGUGGAAUUUUUCCGUGAACGUUUACAGUACCACUUGGAAGCGAAAGAAAUCGAGAAUGCGACAGUCGAGAAUAGUUUAAUGCUGGAUGGGGAUAAUACUGCGCAAGUGACUUGCAACGACGACGAUGACUCGGAUUAGCAUGGCUCAUUAGUUUUUCCCAAUCGAGCAUAAUUUAUGUUUAUUAAAUUCACAAUUUAAUUACAAAAGUAAAAAAUUAAAAAUACACAAAACGUCUAACGACUGCUGAAA